AUGGAGAAAGAGAAUAAACCAUCAAAGCUGAAGAGCAAGAUCUUGAAGAUACUGCCAAAAGCUGCAGCAGCAGUGACAUUCCAAAAUCCUCCCUUCAGCCCUGGCCGGGACCACAAAUUCAAAAGCUUUGGUGGCAAAGGGUUCUUCUCCGGCCCCAUGAUUCCCGAUGAAGCUAGAAGAAAGCCCAAGGAUGGCGGGGUUGAAACUCAAGAGCCCACAUCGCCCAAAAUCUCGUGCAUGGGACAGAUAAAGCACAAGAAGAAGCACGUUAAAAAGGGAGGGGCAAAGAGCAUGUCGAUGCCUACACGCGCGAGAGAAAGCAAGCCUUCCACCACUCCCAGAGACACGACAGAGGAAAAGAAACAGGCUUCAAAGUUUCAGAGGAUGUUGUUCCACGCGGGAAAACCGAAAUCUGCGGCGAGGAAAAAAUCUGAUGCGGAGGUGGAGAGAGCGCCGGCGUUGGGUCACAUGAGGCGAUUUGCAAGUGGGCGUGAGACUUUUUCGAAUUUCGAUUGGAAGGCUCAGAUUGCGCCUGAGGAAAGGGAUUGUUAUUCGGACAAUGAUGAUAGAGUGGAGAGCGACGCAGAGGAUGAGGUGAUAAUCCCAUUCUCUGCUCCUCUUACGGUUGGUGGUGCACCUAUGCUUAAUGUGCAGCCUCGGAAAGAGAUUAAUCUGUGGAAGAGAAGAACCAUGGCACCACCUAGGCCUCUUCAGCUGAAUCCUGUGCUUACUGCCAAAUGA